UGUGGAGGAGCUAAAGCAUCAGCAGAAGAGCCGAGCGGGACAGACCGACUGACCUCACCAACUCCUCCACCGCGGUUUACCUGCUCUCCUCUCUCUCUGCCGCGCCCUGUGGAUAUUUACUCAGCGGCGGCGCAGUGUAGGGAAACUGUCGGUCAAGGGAAGCCAUAAUCUUCUGUUUAUCUCUAAACCUUCUAUGAUGCAGUGACAGUCUGGCCAGUGAAUGUCUUCAGACUGUCUGUUUGUGGUGUUCCUGCAGCGAGUCUAUCAAGGGAACGGUACGUUUUGAGUGGUAGACCUCCCUGUGAGCCGGAGCCGGUGUCCUAUUGGUCAUCUCCUGCCAGGGAGACAGCAGCUGCUGCACGCCCUUCACCUGACCCCCCUCCCUCCCCACCGCCACCAUGGUGCUGUCACAGAGGCAACGAGAUGAACUAAAUCGAGCGAUAGCUGAUUACCUUCGUUCCAAUGGAUAUGAAGAGGCAUAUUCAGUUUUCAAGAAGGAAGCAGAAUUAGACAUGAAUGAGGAGUUGGACAAGAAAUAUGCUGGCCUUUUGGAAAAGAAAUGGACUUCAGUCAUCAGAUUGCAGAAGAAGGUGAUGGAGUUGGAAUCAAAGCUGAAUGAAGCACAAGAGGAGAUCACUUUAGGGGGGCCUAUAGCACAGAAACGAGACCCCAAAGAAUGGAUCCCCCGUCCUCCAGAGAGAUAUUCUCUGAGUGGCCACAGAAGUCCUGUCACCAAGGUCAUUUUCCACCCCGUAUUUAGUGUAAUGGUGUCCGCGUCGGAGGAUGCCACAAUUAAGGUAUGGGAUUAUGAGACGGGAGACUUUGAGCGGACCCUCAAGGGUCACACAGACUCUGUGCAGGACAUCUCCUUUGAUCAGACUGGAAAGCUGCUGGCCUCCUGCUCUGCAGACAUGACCAUUAAACUCUGGGACUUCCAGGGCUUUGAGUGCAUCAGGACCAUGCAUGGACAUGACCAUAACGUUUCGUCUGUAGCUAUAAUGCCCAAUGGAGAUCAUAUAAUAUCUGCCUCUCGAGAUAAAACCAUGAAAAUGUGGGAAGUUGCUACAGGAUAUUGUACCAAGACAUUCACUGGCCACAGAGAGUGGGUACGCAUGGUACGACCCAACCAGGAUGGCUCCCUGAUUGCCAGUUGCUCUAAUGACCAGACAGUGCGUGUGUGGGUGGUGGCCACGAAAGAGUGCAAGGCUGAGCUGAGGGAGCACGAACAUGUAGUGGAGUGUAUCUCCUGGGCCCCUGAGAGUGCCCAUCAAACUAUAAUGGAUGCCACUGGCUCUGAGACUAAGAAGAGUGGGAAACCUGGACCGUUCCUGCUGUCUGGCUCCAGAGACAAGACUAUCAAGAUGUGGGACGUCAGCAUUGGCAUGUGCCUUAUGACGCUGGUUGGCCAUGAUAACUGGGUGCGCGGUAUGAUGUUUCACCCUGGUGGAAAGUUUAUCAUAAGCUGUGCUGAUGACAAGACUUUGAGGAUCUGGGACUACAAAAACAAGCGCUGCAAGAAGACCUUGAGUGCCCACGAACACUUUGUUACCUCUCUGGAUUUUCACAAGGCUGCUCCCUACGUGGUCACCGGAAGUGUAGAUCAGACAGUAAAAGUGUGGGAGUGUCGCUGACCUUGCCUGCAGGAAUCCACAACCACCACAGCCCUUCACCCCAACCCCUUUUUUCCGUCUGCUCUGGAUGCACUUGACCACCAUGGUUAUGACCCACCCAGCUCUGGUUCAAUAACUAUUGUCCUUUUAUGUAAAUUAUUCUGGAUGUAGGUCGAGCUAUUAAAUGUUACACACUCAAAAAAAAGUAUUCUUGCAUGGUGAAUCCAAAAUUGUAUACUGUAAAUUUACAUAACGUUGUCUAGAAUUACCAUAGGUUUAACACAGGCUGACCUUUCACUCAGCCUUACCUACCGAAGGCGUCAACUGACUGGGUUAAUGUAGGGCACUAUACUGAUAAUUUAAUGACAGUGUUGUCCUUGUUUGUACUUUAAUUUCUUUUCUUUUUUUCUUAUUUUAUUUUAUAAAUGUAAACUUUUUUUUCCCUCUUUUGUCAUUUUUUUCUAUCACUGUCGUAGUCUGUUGGUGCCUAGCUUGGUGACCUUUUGGGGAGGGAGGGAAGACAACAAGGUAAUACCAGAAUACCAUUAAUCCCUAAAAAAAAGAGGAAAAAUUGAUCGUCUGUGGGGCUUGUUAUCAGAAUAAUCUGUAGCUUUGUAACAUCAUUUCUGAAGUGUGCUUACUAUUCAUUCUCUUAUUGUGGAACUAGAUGAUAUUUUAAUGACUUCAUCUAAGAACGAUUGAGAGAGUUCUUCUCUUCUUGAAACUUUAGGGGAUCAGUCUUUGUACACUUGUCAUGAAACGUCCUACUGAGAUGAGUAUCUGAGUUCAGAAGCUAAUUUUGCUUUGCUGGGGAGAUUUCCACCUGUUUCUGAAUAGACCAGGCUGAAAAGUGGGCAGCAAGAUUUUAAUUUGAUUUUUUUCUUCCCUAGAUUAAAGUAUAGGCCAUGUGUGUGUAUAUACAUAAAUGGAAAUACAUUACUGACUAUUUUGACCCCAUAUUAGUGCACUUCAAACAUUUUUAGCACCAAAAAAGGGUUGCCUCAAUGGAAUAUUGGUGCUCUGACAGUGUAGUAUUAGUUUAAAGAGAUUUAUUUCUAUAUUGCAAAAAUAUUUUUUUGUUUUGUUUCUACUCUUAAAAAAUCAUGUACACCUUGUCUUGUUGCCCCUUUUAGCAGACGAUGAAGUUGAAGUUUGCAAAAAUGCAAAGCAGUGCAAAAGAAACCCUCCGUUUGGACUUGUGGAGAUAUAAAUGAAGCAUGACAAGGGUUCAAAGGGUUUCCUAGUGGUGGGUAAGGGAUGUGCAAAGUUGAAACCUGCCUUGAUAAAACAGCGGGUUUGUAUUGUCGAAUUUACAAAAAUGGGUGGGUGGUGUAAUCCUUGUGAUAAAUUGAGAGCUGGGAUAGCUACUGUACGCUCAAUUCUGUACUGACUGACUGGCUCGUGGGUUAUUUAAAGGAUGAUUCUAAUGAAAAGCAUAUAUUGUCUGGCUGCCUGAGCUCUCUGUGGAAGUUAUGCUUGAUGGUGGUAGCUCGUAUUUUCCUCCAUUUCAUUGUAGACAGGACAGUUUCACAGUGUAGACUACAGCAGCUCUAUCUUGAUCCAGUGAAACAUAGACAGGAGUAGAGAGUGCUGGGAACACGUGUGAUCAAACUGAAAUGGGAGAGCACCUCAAGUUCAAGUUUGAGCAAUGCCUGAUAUUACUAAUGUCUUACGAGUAGCACAUUCUCUGCUGUUCAUCUUGCAAUGUGUGUGGGUCAAUGUGGAUAAACAAACACACUAUUGUCCCAGUUAAUGAAUAGAGUUAAUGGAUCCCAAAAGUGGAGGUAAACCAUUCCAUAUUUUGAGAAUUAAAGUAAGGAAAAAAGAAAGAAAAAGUAAGUAACCUGCCUUUUGUUUUUUGGCAGCAGACUGAAAAUGUUGGGGAAAAGAAAAAAAAUUGAAAAUUACGGUAAUGAGGAAAAAAAAAAACUAACUUGCACAUCCCUCUUAUGUUAGAUCUUCUGUCCUUUCUGACUGAAGGUUUAAGCAAUUUAAGACUUAUUAAUAAAUGCAUAAAGAGAUCAUUUUAAUUAGCCUUUUCAUUACAAUGCAAUUAUUAUUAUAUAAUAAAGAAUUCCACUGCUUAACCAGUCUAUUAUCUAGCGAUUUUCCUGUUCCUGUGUGUGUACUGGAUGUACCUGCUGCUGCUGAAAACCUGAUAGUGGCUAGUCUGAGAUCUGUACCUGUCGACAUAGCACUGCUGCAUGUAACAGUACUGAGUACUGGUUGAGCUGUCUGGUGGGGGUCUGUGGUGGUCCAGGUAGUACCGUUGGAAUGCGGUGACUAAUCUCAGGCCGUCCUGCAGUGUCUUAACUAAGCGAAACAGUCGAAUUUGACGACUUCCUCCUGUAAAGAAAAAUGGAAGAAAAUCUUAGUUUCUUUGCUCGUGACUGGUUUAGGGGAUAUCUGUGUAUAAUAUAUAUGUACUAGUGCUGUUAAACUACGUAUUUAAUGACUCCAAACACAGACGCCCUACCAGAUAGGCCACCUGGCAUGAUAACUGUGAUGAGCUCAGUAUGUGGUUGUAGGCAGACUGGUCCGUGUGUGUGUCUGUGCGCUCUGUGAAGGAGGUUGACUCCUCUGUCGUCUUUCUUUUUGUGAUGGGAUUGCGGCAGACUGAGGGAGAAGUGCCCACCCCAAACAAAACACCGUUGAUGCCUCCUGUAAAGAAUAUGUAGGAAAGAAAAAACACAGCUUGCUAUACAUUACGAUAGUCAAAUCGUCCUGUUUAGUUUCUUGUACCUCUUGGACAGAAAGUGGCCCCUAGUACGGUGGGGCCUGUCUUUUACUCAAGGACACAAGCAGGUUAGACUAUGCUCUUAAGGGUGUAUUCCAGCACCUGGGCCUAUACCAAAAAAAAAAAAAAAAAAAAAAACAGCAGGGGGAUUUUCCUAUUGGACAGUUUUUAUAUAUCCGUCUAUGAUAACUCCAAAAUCCUGCAUUGUAAAAUACUGUACCCAGACCCAGGUCUCACAGGAGAUCAUGACUUUUGCUCUUAUUCACGGUGUGCACAGCUGAUGCUCAAAGGAAUACUUCCUUAUAAAGCGCUACUCCCUCCUGAUUGGCAGAUUCAAGUCUAACCCAAAUUCAGGACUACCUGAAAACAUACCUUGCUCUAAAAUAUACCUUGUGUUUCUUGGUUCGCUAAGAAAAGGCAAAGAAUAUAAGUGACUCUUGGACACGGUUUUCGACACGUCACCGCGUGAACACUCGCUUUGUGGGUACCAAGGGGUUCCCAGCGUGCCCUGCAAGGAAAUUGCGUUUGCCAUUCACAGGUCCCAAGCAAUCCCAACGCUGCACUCAUUGGAUGGACUAAUGUACAUAAUAUUAUUUGUGGGUCCCUCCUCCAGCCACAAGUUCAUCUCUCAGCUCUACUUGCUUUGUGAAUAGAUGGGAGGCUUCAGUCUUCACAGCUCUAAUGGGACUUUUGCUUUCAUGGUUAUCACUGUUCACACAGCCAAUUGUUAACAAUAUAUCUGGAUGUCAUUAUUGUUUGCAACAUAAUUAAAGAGAAAAAAAUGUAA